GAAUUUUAUUGCACGUUUAUGCUAAUAUUUACGGUAUAUAUUGGAACAUGUAUUAGAAUACACGUUGACUGGAACUAUUGAGAAAAGUAUUUUUAUUGCAGUUCAAAAAUGGAUGGUCCUUUUGAACUUUGAAAUAUAGGGCUUUUAAUUUGGAUAAUUAUCUAACUUUGUACAGUAAAAGUAGUCAGAAUGGUCCUGAACACACAUACCACAGUUAUUGUCCAGAAUCUUCAAAGAUUCUGGACAAUAACUGUGGUAUGUGUGUGGUAUGUGUGUUACUUGUUUUUUGUAUUCCGGUUACUUGUUUAAUACCGUAAAUGUCAGCAUACACGUGCACUAAAAUGCAAGUGUCUGCUGAGUUGACCGCAGUGAUAAUUGUUUGGUUUUCACACUGGGAAGACUUCUAAACGCCAACUCCUAAACGUUUCAACUCAAUAUAUCUGUCCAAUCAUUACUAAAACUGCUUCCAUACCACUACAACUAAUAAUGCACUUUUAAUCAUAUAGGUAAUACAUGGAUUAUAAACAGAAUAUUUUCACCAUUGCUAUUCUAGUGUAUUAUAACUCAAGAUUGACUUCCAAGAUGUUGGCCUGCACACAUCUGGGAUGCAUAUGAGUCAGUCUCAUACCUAAAUGUCAUGUGUCUCAUCUUGAUCGAGACAUGCGUGUUGCUGUGAUUGGAGCGGGAGUCAUCGGCCUGUCAACAGCUCAGAGCAUCUAUGAGCAGUAUCACUCCAUCAUCAGUCCGCUGACGAUUGAGGUGUAUGCUGACCAUUUCACUCCACUGACCACUAGUGAUGGAGCUGCUGGCUUUUGGCAGCCAUAUCUCUACGAUGAAGGCAAAGUCCAGGAGACGAAAUGGAAUAAAGAGACAUUUGACUACUUGCUAAGCUUCCUCAGUUCACCAGAGUCUGUACAAAUGGGUAUUUUCCUUCAGUCUGGCUACAACCUCUGCACUGAACCAGCCCCAGCGCCCUCAUUUAAAGAUAUUGUCCUGGGCUUCAGGCAGCUCACAGAACGAGAGCUACAGCUGUUCCCCGGAUACAAUUAUGGGUGGUUCAACACUGCUCUCAUGGUUGAAGGUAAAACAUACUUACCUUGGCUGAUGGAUUGGUUGCAAAAAAGGGGAGUGAAAUUUCAUCACAGAAAAAUAGAGUCCUUCCAGGAGCUGGUAAAAACUGGGGCAGACGUGAUCAUUAACUGCACUGGGAUGAGAUCCGGAGAGCUCCAGCCGGACCCUGAGCUCAAACCAGGCCGUGGCCAGAUAAUAAAAGUGGAUGCUCCGUGGCUGAAGCAUUGGAUUCUUACCCACGAUUUUAAAACAGGGGUCUAUAAUUCACCAUAUAUCAUUCCAGGAAGUCGCCUCGUGACGGUCGGAGGAAUUUUACAGUUAGGAAACUGGAGUGAAAAGACUAACUCCACCGACCAUAAACACAUCUGGGAAAGCGCCUGCAAGCUGGAGCCGAGUCUCAAGCAUGCCAGGCUGGUGGAGGACUGGGCCGGCCUGAGACCGGUUCGCAGCAAAGUCCGACUGGAGAGGGAGGCCAUACAGUGUGGGGCGACUACAGUGGAGGUGAUACACAACUACGGCCAUGGAGGUUUUGGACUCACUAUUCACCGAGGCUGUGCGCAGGAGGCAGCGAGGCUCUUUGGUCAGAUUGUGGAACAAAAAAGCAAAGGUCCAAAAGCUCGCUUGUAAAUUUGUACUGAUUGGUGCCCUUCUUUUUAGAACAAGGAGGUCAGUGCCUUAUAUCACAUACUGCUCAAACUGCUCUGGUUUGUAACUAACAUUUAGAGCAAACACGUGUACCUUUGGAUUAAUUGUGUCGCUUCAAAACGAUGCAAUGUUUGUAACUUGAAUGUGACUUUAAAGAGGAGACACUACUCACGUUGAUUAUUAAUAACAAAUGGAUCAUUCCAAAGUAGUGAUACUUAAAUGUGAAGGUUUUGUUGAUUAAAAUAAGUGUACAAAUCUUCAUAAUGAAAAUGAUUAUAACUAAUAUAACCAUACUGUGUAGUAAUAAAUAAAAACAUGAAUCCAGG